AUGUUCUUCGGCAUAAGAAACGUAAUAACCGGAGGAUUCCUCAUGAUACUUCGAAACGUAGGUUCUAGGAUUAUGGUUGUGGAAAGGAAACACGGUGGGAGUAGGAGGCCUUCAUCAAAUUUACGUCUACGGCGCUUAACACAAGCCUACUUAGCUCCAAUUCGUCUCCACUCGACUACAGCGGAAAAAUCAGCUAUUGAUGAAGUUGACUCCGUGUACUAUAAAGUGCACAAAAUGAUCCUGAAUCAUCAAAGCGUUACCAGCGGAUUAUUUCCACGAUAUUCCUGCGACACAAAGGUAGCUUAUGUGAAGGACAGCAUUUACUGUGCUCUCGCGUGUUGGGCAUGUUCUGUCGCUUACAACCGUAUAGAUGACGACAGGGGAAGACAUACAGAGUUACGCCAAUCGGCUGUAAAAACUAUGCGCGGGAUCAUGUUUUCAUGGAUGCAGCAGUGCGAUAUGCUGAACCAGUUCACAGAAACAAAUUCUGUUGAAUAUGCCUUACAUGCACGGUUUUCUUUAAUCACUGGCAUGGUUUUACCUUUUUCGAAGGUAAUGAGCAUUACUUUACGUUUCUCAAUACUCAUUAAAAGAUUGUUUUUUAAGGAGUAUGGACACUUACAAAUGGAUCUUAUAGCGUUGUAUCUUCUAGCCCUUGUUCAAAUGACUGCUGGUGGAGUGCAGAUCAUUUACACGCAGGAUGAGGUUUGCUUUGUGCAGAAUCUAGUUUUUUACAUAGAAAGAACGUACCGGACACCCGAUUAUGGUAUGUGGGAACGAGGAACGCGAUACAACGUUGGUGACCGUGAAUUACAUGCCAGUAGUCUUGGGAUUGUUAAGGCUGCAUUAGAAGCAAUUAAUGGUUUUAAUUUGUAUGGAGCUUAUGGAACAAGUUGUUCAGUUAUUUAUGUAGAUAUUGAUGGGCAUAACAGGAAUCGUACUACUUUUGAAACUAUUCUGCCUCGCGAAAGCAACUCAAAGAAUACAGACGCUGCUCUGAUAAUGACCGUUGGAUGGCCUGCUUUCGCGACGCAUGAUGGAAAAUUGUAUGAUAUCACAGUUGAAGAGUGCAAGAAAAGAUUAGAGGGGCGAUACGGAAUGAAAAGAUUUUUCCGCGACGGUUAUCAUACCGAAAUGGAAGAUGCUUCUCGCUGUUACUAUGAUAUUCAUGAAACGUAUAGGUUCCAAGACAUUGAAUCUCAAUUCCCGAUGUUUUUUGCCUAUAUGUAUAUCACAGCUCAGUUACGUGGAGAGACCGAACUUGCUGAAACGUACUGGAAGAAACUUGACGAUCUUCUUGUAAUGUACUAUGACCUUGAUGGGAUGAUGGUUUUACCAGAAUGUUAUAUGAUCGAAGAAGAAAGGAUGGAUUCUGAAAGGCAAAAACCGGGAUCACAAGAAUUCUAUCCCAUUUCACCUUCUGAAUUUGGCCUCCACUUAUGGUCUAAUGCCAUAUACCUUAUCGCACUGUUACUAAAGAAAAAUCUGGUCCACGCGAGUGAUAUAGAUCCAAUUUGUCGACACUUGCCUGCAAGCCAACGACCACAAAACCGCAACCGCCAUUCAGCUUUUCAGGCAAGAAAAACUGCUAUUCUGCUUUUUGCUACUGCCUUGCUUCGCGAUGCUGUAUUUCCAGGCUUGGCAAUUCGUUAUGGUAGCUUGGAGGGGAAUCCGGUUGUCCAAGUAGCCCUCAUUGCCGAAUCAAGUCGCUUACAAAUGAUGUUGUCCACGUAUGGGAUCAGCACUCAGACUCCACUAGAACUUGAACCGAUUCAAAUAUGGCCUAGUUGGAAAUUAGUUAAGAUCUUUGAAUCUCUUGGUAAGAAUGAAAAGCUGGGGUUACGAGGAAGACCUCCCCGUCCAUUUGGUUCAUUAAACACCAGCAAAGUUUUUAAGCUAUUUGGUGAUACAAUACUUUGCUAUCCAUUAUUAUUUGAAGUGAAAGAUUUCUAUUUAAAUUCGGAUCCCGCGGUUUUGAUCGAUGAUAUUAAGUUGGAAAUAGAGUUUGUUUCAAAGAGAUGGAAGCUGGCUGGCCGACCGACCUUCUGUAUGGUAUUACGCGAAGAAAAUGUGGCAGGAGAGUAUUUCGGUCACUUACUUGAUCUCUUGGUGGCUAUGAAGAACGGUUAUGUCAAUGGGGUCCGAGUUAGAAUGGGUCGUGUGCAUCAGCUACUGAACAGAGGUUGCAUGGAACAUAUUGAUUUUGCUCCUUUUGAGCAAAUAGCUGUCACAGAUGAGAUAUACGAGAAUUUUGGUACGAAAAGGGCGGAAAUGCUCUCAGAACUAUCACUUAAUGACGUCCCCGACGAAAGGACCGAUUUAAGAGAGUUCCCAUUACAUAUUUUUUAUGGUGUUAAAAAAUUAGAAAGAAGUUUAUUUUUCGAGAAGCUUUUUCAGCGCGAUUUUUAUGCGAAGUCUGACAGCGAAUUGUAUGAAAUUGUGAAAAAGCAGGACGUCACUAGUCUUCGCUCUUUGGCUUUCGCUACAGCUGUGCUGUCUUGGCGUCAUGGAAAAAAUUUUGAUGUGGAUGGAGAGACAUUGGAAGCUCGGCUGGAAAAAGUUUACCGUCAAUCUUGUGCAUGGAGGAGGUGGUGGCUUGUUAGGUACUGUGCAGCUAGGCUGCAAAAAACAACCAAUUCUCUUGCUCCUGGGAUCACAAACUUACUUGUUCGAGGAAAGCAGGUAACUUUAGGUAUGCGAGGGUUCAAGGAAGUAACAAUAUCUGUUCCUACAACUCCAAAUGAAAUAACCGAGAUUUUAUUUGCAUGCUGUCCGGAAGAGGAACCGCAGUCUGCUGUAUUGCAACAGGAAUUGAUUAUUGCUUGUUCAGAUUUAAUUUGCAAAAAACCGGAAGCUUUUGAUGGCGUUUUAACAAUCAGGCUGUCUUGGCUUGCUGACGCUAUUGGGUUAAUGCUAGAUUACGUCCAGAGUGCUAAAGUUCAAGAGAGUAUCCUAACUACACCAACAACUGGAAUACCAACAAGUAAUCGUCAACAUUCUAUUGUCAUCGUUCUGAAGCCUCCUUUUGAUUUCCUUAACAUCUCAUUUGUAGUUGCCAUUGAAAUUUUUUCCUGCAAAGCUUUUAUUGAAAUAGUUUGCACAAAACUACCAAGUGACAUGAUUUCAAGCAGUGGAAAGUCAAUUAUUGUCAUGCUGAGUGUUCUUAUUUCCUGCAUGUUUUCAGCUUACAGUGGUGGGAAUUUUAGCGUCUAUGAUCUUGCUCCGACUGUGGUUAAAGAUGUUGUUGCUGCACUUUUAACUCGGAAAAAUUGGCAUUUACUCACACCACUACAGUCUCGUCGUCUCAAUGGUUCGCUAAACCGUGUUCCAAACAACUUUUAUAACAGAGUUUGGAAGAUCCUAGAACGAACUCCUGGCGGUAUAGUUAUUGCGGGGAAACAUUUGCCACAGCAACCAACGUUAAACGACAUGACGCAGUAUGAGUCGACAUUUGCAUAUGAAAUUGAGGGGAUGAUGAGUGUUAUUGCUCAUCCGGAAUACAGACAAGUUGUUGAAGAGCUUUUGUGUAUUAUUGCACUGGUGUUGGAGCGCAAUCCUGAACUACUCUUUAGUGGAAAACUCGACUUAGACCAGCUUGUGAAAACUGCAUUUAAUCGAUUUUGCGAUGAUAUGGGUAUUGCUGACAGGAAGGAUAUGACUCCAUUCUACCAGCUUGAAGAUACAGACCUCACUACUAAUUCAACUGCUUACUAUUUGGCAAAGAAGUUACUGAGUCUUACUGUUCUUCGACUAAUUACUUAUUAUUAAGU